ACCUUAUCAGGGCUCGUCCGUCAACGUUAUCAACUCGUCGUCCGCGGGUUUCUCAGUGAUACGUAGCGACAAGUUCAAUCGACGGGAUUCGACGUUAUCUGAUAACCGUCUAAAUCAGCGAUCAUAUUAAUCACUGAGUGUAAAUACAGAACUUGGUGCGUGUAUUUGGUUUUGGUGGACGUCGCUUUUUUUUGUUAUUACUAUUAUCGUUGUUAGACUUGCCAUCAUUGUUUUUCAUAUUGUUUUGUUCUAAAUUAAGUAACGAGCUACGUCCGGUGAUCGUCGCUAUUGUUUUGUUGUUACAUGUUUGUUUUUAUAUGCGACGAUGCCUAUAACUGAUUAAAACGAAUGUGCUCGUUUCUUGUUUUUCUUUUCCUAGAAACCCGCCACAAUUUGUCAUAUAAUCCGUCAAAAUAUCAUACCGCGUUACACACCUGUGGCGUUAGGUAAUGACCGUGUUGUCUGUUAUCGAUUGGAAACACUCCGAGAAAGUGCGGUCACGUUGGUGACAACAGAAACAAAAUCAAAAAGCUAACAAGAACGUGGUCGACAUAACCAUUUCGAUAUGCAAGAGUUACAACAACAGGUGGGGUCAAGGGUCAUACGGGGCCCCGAUUGGAAAUGGGGAAAGCAGGAUGGUGGAGAAGGACAUACAGGGACAGUGAGAAAUUUUGAAUCACGUGAAGAAGUCGUUGUGGUAUGGGACAAUGGCACAGCAGCCAAUUACCGUUGUUUUGGCCAAUAUGAUUUACGAGUUCUCGACAGUGGUCCAACAGGUCAAAGACAUUUGGGUAGUAUGUGUGAUAUGUGCCAUCAACAACCAAUUGUUGGACAUAGAUGGAAAUGUGCUGAUUGUGCAAAUUAUGAUUUGUGUACAUGGUGCUACCAUGGUGACAAACACAAUAUCCGUCAUCGUUUUUAUAGAAUUACUAGCGCUACUUCUAUGAGUGAUAGGCAAUUGAUGGAAUCUAGAAAAAAAUCUAAAAAGAUUUCAGUACGUGGUAUUUUUGCUGGAGCUCGCGUUGUCAGGGGUGUUGAUUGGCAAUGGGAAGAUCAAGAUGGUGGUGGAAGCUGUUCUUCUAAUUUAUCAGGCCAGAACAAUGCAACUGCAAACAACAAUCGCCGCGGUAAAGUACAUGAUAUUCAAGAUUGGUCGGCUGCAAGUGCUAGGAGUGCCGCUUACGUGUGCUGGGAAAAUGCUGGUGGCACUAAAAAUUUAUACAGGGUUGGAUUUGAAGGAAUGUGUGAUUUAAAAACUGUACAAGAUUCUAAAGCUUCUUGUACAGUGUACCGUGACCAUCUACCACUAUUAGGUCAAUUAAUGCCUGGUAGUCUGCCUGAUGCUGGGGUUAACUUAUUACAACAACAACAGCAGUUGCAAAUAGGUGAUCAAGUAACAGUAGACUUGGAGUUGGAUGUUGUACAGUCAUUGCAACAAGGUCAUGGAGGAUGGACUGAUGGUAUGUUUGAAUGUCUUAGGAGAACACCAGGUUCACUUCCAGGAGAGGCUAACUACCUUGCUAUUGGAUCUGUUGUAGGCGUGGACGAAGAUCAUGACAUUGUAGUGUCUUAUCCUAGUGGCAAUAGAUGGACAUUUAAUGCUGCAGUGUUGACAAAAGUAUCUUCUGGAAAUCUCGCUUCAAGUGGUGCUGCUGCUUCUAGCGAUGCUGCUUCAUUGACACCGGCUACAAUAACUGUUGGAUCAACUGUUAUUGUGGAUGCUGACUUACAACGUGUCAAAACCCUUCAAAGAGGUCAUGGAGAAUGGGCAGAUGCAAUGUUGAUGACUUUGGGUAAAGUUGGUGUGGUUCAGCAAGUAUACGAUGAUGGUGAUCUGAAAGUUGCUGUUUGCGACACAUCUUGGACUUACAAUCCUAGAUGCUUAACACUGGCAUCUCGGUCCAGUAGACCAAUACCUGGAGCUGUAGCAGCUGGAGGGUAUUAUUAUUAUGGUGGUGUGGGAGCAGUAGGAGAAUCUAGAGGAACAGGAGAUGACCAGCAAUUAAGAGAUUUACUGUAUGCGCGUGAAGGAGAUUGUGAUGAAGCCUCAUUGAUCGAGAAAAUGAAAUUGGCCAAAAUUGGACCAUCCGAUACAGUUCGUUUGGGUGAACAGUUGGUCAGGUCAGCAGCUAAUGGUGACAUGCAGACAUGCCGUCACAUACUCGAACUAUUCACUAAGCGACUAGAUGCUUCUCAGCAAGAACAAGACAAUCUGACUAGUAUUGGAAUAGAAACCAACAGUAUGAACAACAACUUCAGUUCUUCCGUUCCAAACCAUAGCAACAACAAUAACGGUGCUAGCAGUAGCAAUAAUAACAGUAAUGGUAUUAAUCAACUGAGUGUUAGUUCCUCCUUAGAUCCACCGCCUACAAAUACUGGAGCUUCAAUAACAGCUCCUUCAGUCUCUCUGACCCAAGAUUCUGCUGUUGUCACUCCCUUAGAUGGGACUUUGCAAACAGCUGAUAGAGAUCAACCUACAGUAACUAACAACAGUCUCGUUGAUUAUGUGUACAAUGGGCACUGCGCCUUACAAGCAGCUGCACAAAAUGGACAUGUCCGACUGUGUAAAAUGUUAAUUGCUGAAUAUGGAGCAAAUGUUGAAUUUGAGGACAAAGACGGAGACCGUGCUGUACAUCACGCUGCUUUUGGAGACGAACCUCAAGUUAUUGAGCUUUUGGUCGGUGAGUACGACGCUGAUAUAAAUGCUCGAAACAAGCGCAGACAGACCGCAUUACAUAUCGCCGUCAACCGAGGACAUGCUUCUGUGGUCCGUACCCUUCUUCGACUUAAUUGUUUGCCCAGUCUGCAGGACACCGAUGGCGAUACACCGCUGCACGACGCCAUCUCAAAGAAGCGCGACGACAUCGUGGCAAUGCUGUUGGACGGCAACGGUACUGGAUCGGGUGGAGCCGACAUAAUGUUAGCCAAUAAUAACGGUUUCAACGCUUUGCACCAUGCGGCCUUACGAGGAAAUCCUAGUGCGAUGAGCGUUCUAUUGUCGAAAUUGCCUCGUAGACACUGGUGGAUGGUGGACGAGAAGAAAGACGACGGCUACACCGCCCUGCACUUGGCCGCCCUCAACAAUCACACACAAGUCGCUCAACUGUUGGUGGAAGUCGGCCGAGCCGAUACGGACGCGCGCAACGUUAACCUGCAGACUCCGCUGCACCUGGCCGUCGAACGGCAGCACGUGCAAAUCGUAAGGUUGUUGGUGCGAAGCGGAGCCGAUCCUAACGUGCCGGACAAGGACGGGGACACGGCUCUUCACGAAGCCCUGCGACAUCACACUCUCCAGCAAAUCCGUCAGAUGCAACAGACGAUCGGGACCACGGGACCGGCCACCGCCUCUGCCAAUUGUUGUCAGACUGACAAUAAGUUGUUCAGCGGAGGUUCGAUGUUAAUGAAAACUGGUACUGAUAAGAAAACAUCGGUUUCUCUGCCAGCUUCUGGCGCAUCAAAUGCUGUUGGAAAUUCUUCAUCUAGUUCAAUAUCGAGUUCUAUUACUUGCUUUUUAGCGGGUACCGGUCGAGCCGAUUUGUAUCAACGUAACAAAAAAGGUCAAACGCCGCUAGACCUUUGCCCAGAUCCUGCUCUUCGCCGAGCUCUCAUUAAAUGUGCCAAAGACAGACAACAGCAAGAUACGGUCACAAACGUCGGAGCGUCGGCAAUUCCAUUACAAUCAUUGCCGCCUUCCACGUCUGCAGUUGCUUUUAACAAGAUCGAUUCUCCGCCAUUGUCUCCUUCGCACUGUUGUAGCAACACUUCGGCGCCAAACAAUAACAAUAUCAAUUUGACGAGCAACACUACCCCUCGACAUUCCGUCGCUCAUCAGAAUCUCGUGCAAAAACAAUCAAAUAUCAGUGCUCCUCAAAACGCCUGUCAGCCGUCUCCGUAUUCCGACAGCGAAUCGAACGCCACCGAUACACAAUCGUUUGCCAGUAGUGCUCAACAAAAACCGAUUAACAACGCGGUAGCUAAUAAAACUCGAGCGUGUUGUUGUUAUUGCGGAGAGGGCGCAAAACCCAAUCCGACGGCCGGUAAACCCGACGAUAUCGAAUGCUCAUCUACAGCGAACCGCUCUCUCAAACCAACUGUAGGCGAAAAAAUCGACAACGGCGAUAUAUCAGCGGAUCCUCCACUUUUUCAAAGUGGACCGGUGGAUCCACUUUCAGCGGACGAAAUUAUAAAUUCACAAAGCAAUACUUUGUCGGCCGACACAGCAGCAGUCCCUCGACAGUGUUGUGUCACAUGUGCGUGCACGUGUUCAUCCGCUGUAUCAAGGUCUGUGACCCCUUCAGUACCUUCUCCUAAUUAUUGCAGUUUAUCGGCGCCGGCUGCUGUUACUGCAAAUCCCGCUAUUAAAAAUCAUCAUCUACACCAUCACCAUCAUCACCAUGUACCGCACUUGGAUAACUUGAAGACAUCGUCGUAUAACACUAAUGCUGCUGCUGGUAGGAUUGGCGAACGACAUUCUCAAGAUUACUCUCCUCCGUCUUAUGGUGCUGGAGAUUCAAUAAUGAACAACGGAGGUUUAGCUCGUCCUACAAAGCCGUGUGGAUCUCUCGAUAAGAGUGAUAAUUUAGAUGUUGUCGUAGUCAAGUUACAACAACAACUACAAGACAUUAAAGAGCAAACAAUGUGCCCGGUUUGCUUGGAUCGUCUAAAAAAUAUGAUCUUUAUGUGUGGUCAUGGGACUUGUCAGAUGUGUGGUGAUCGUAUGCACGAAUGUCCGAUUUGUCGUAAACCAGUGACCAAAACUAUACUACUUUAUUAAAUGUUCAUAGUUUAAGUUAUAAAUUAAAUUUUUAUUUGUCAUACUACAUAAUGUUACUUUUGUGUUAAAUUGAUGUUACUAUUUAUACAAUUAAUGACCAGUGACAAAAACAGAAACUACUAACGAAUUAUUUUAUAUGUGUAUUUAUAAGUUUCGUAAAGUAAU